AAGGAUAUCGUGUUAGAUUAAACGAAAUCCAAGCAAGUAGGCAACCAACGAGGCAAGGAGUCAGUACAGUAAGCAAGAAAUGGUUUAUAGAAAUCUCUGUUUCUCUCUCUCGCCAAUGCUCACUGCAGGACUGCUUCCCAAGCAUGAAAAGAACUCCUACCUCUGCCGCCUCACUUGACAUCCCCUUCUCUCUUUCUCUCUCUCUGAAUCUGUGAUCGGUCCGAAGAGCUCGACAAUGGGCGUUCUGCGGCACCGGCGCCGCCGUCUCUCCGCUGCCAUCGCCUUCUUCGUCCUUGCCGUAGCUCUCGGUGAGAGUACUGAGGAGUACAUUGGUAGGAAUUGCUCAGGAAGUGGGAGACACAGGGCUGAGGCCUUCGGAAAGAGAGAACUGGGUAGCUCGGAGGCGACUAGCCGGCCCUGGGUCGUCGCCGCCUACCUGCUGGGCUCGCUGCGGCCGGUGCUUCCCCUGCCGGCCGGUUCACGUGGCGAUCCAGCCGGGCCGAAGCGUUCCGCUCGAGUACUACCCGGAGGCAUGGCGAUGCAAGUGCGGCAGCAAGCUCUUCAUGCCAUGAGAACCGAGGAGGAACGAAAACACAGAUUGCUGAGGGUAAACGCCACGGGCGAUGCGUUCUUGUAUCAUUUGCACAAUUCUUAGAUACGCCUGCAAUAUGAAUUGGUUCAGCUUCGUCUUCGUUGUCGUCAUCAACUCUUUCUCGUAAAUGAUAGUCAAAAGUCGAAUUCGAGGAAGCAAUCGAGGAGAUUCUAUUCGACUAGACCGCGAAAUGUAGCCGUGAAAUAGCAAUUAAAUAGGCCUUGUUAUCUUUAGCAUAUUAUAGAUGUCUUCUCCGCAACAAACGGCGUCCACAGCUCCUCAUCUCCAUUGAUUUCGUUACUCUAUAAC